AUGGCAGUACUGCAUUGGAUUGCACUCAUUUUAUCCUUUGUAGCAACCGUCCACAACCAUAUAGGCCUCGUCGAAGCUUCGCCCAACAUAGGUGUUUGCUAUGGAAUGAUAGGAAAUGACCUGCCUUCUGCACCAGAAGUGGUUAAUCUCUACAAAACUUACGGUAUUGGGAAGAUGAGGCUCUUUGAUCCCAACCCCUCAGCACUCCAAGCACUGAGAGGGAGACAAAUCAAUGUCACGCUAGGCAAUUGUAACGAAGACUUACCAAAUUUAGCUGUUAGUCAAGAUGCUGUGAACUCAUGGUUUGCAUCCAAUGUAGAGCCUUACUUAAAUGAUAUCAUCUUCAACUACAUUUCAGUUGGUAACGAGGUUAUUCCUGGUGCCUUGGGUGACUAUGUUUUGACGGUAAUGCUUUCUCUACAGAACAUCCUAGAUGAAAAAAAUUUGGCCGGUAUUAAGGUCACCACAGUUGUGCCAGGGUCUGCCUUGGGAGUUUCAUACCCACCUUCGAGUGGUGAGUUUACGUCCGAGGUAAGUAGUAUUAUGGGUGGCAUUGUUCCAUUUUUAGCGCAACUAUCUUCACCCCUUAUGAUCAACGUGUACCCUUACUUUGCCUAUGCAUCAGACCCUGCAAACAUUCGGUUAGACUACGCUCAGUUUACUGCGACAAGUCCCGUGGUUCAGGAUGGGAGUUUGAGCUAUUAUAACAUGUUUGAUGCUAUAGUUGAUGCAUUUUUGGCAGCAAUGGAGAAAAUAGGAGGUGUUGGGGCUAAUGUGGUGGUGUCUGAGAGCGGUUGGCCUUCAGAUGGGAACGGAAAUUUCACCACUCCAGAACUUGCUGCGACAUAUAACAAGAACUACAUGAACCACAUAACGUCGAUGGCAGGGACACCGAAAAGACCUGGUGCUUACAUUGAAGGGUACAUGUUCGCCAUGUUCAAUGAGAAUCAGAAACCUAAUGGUGUGGAGCAACAUUUUGGACUUUUUCAUCCUAACAUGCAACCUGUUUAUCCUGUCUUUUAA